AUGCCUGUGACUCUCGCCUCAUAUCCUUGGCGUCUUGAUAUUGCUAUUUCUACUCGUUGCCUGGCUGAGUCUUCGCGGAGUAGGCAUGCUGGCUGGCCCGGCCACAACAACGAAGAUAGCAGUGACGAGAAAACGGACGAAAAAGGAAUUACCGACGACGAUGAAAGCGAUGGAUACCGCCAGCAAGGAAAUAAAGUACAAGAGUACGUUUCGCGCAUCGAUGAAGAAUACUCGACCAGAGACGACGAUGCCGACUUGCUUCGGUCCCGAACCUACCUGACCAAGUUAUCUAUAAGGCCCUAUUUAUAG